AUGAAUAGCAUCCGUUUUUCUCGAUAUUUCAAGGGUCCUCCCAGACUAAUGUCUCAAGGAGCGCAACCCCAAAGUAUAUUCAAAAGGUUUUCGUCUACUGAUGGUGAAAGCAGAAUACGAACCCUUUUAAACGAAAGGUUGUGCCCGAGCUCUCUUCGCGUGAUCGACGUCUCUGGAGGGUGUGGAAGCAUGUACCAAAUUGUGAUUAAAAGUAAAUUAUUUAAGGGAAAAAAUACUCUAGCCCAACACCGCUUAGUUAACUCCAUUUUGAAGGAAGAGAUCAAAGGAAUGCACGGCUUGAAUCUGCUGACAGAGGUGGAUGAAGAAAGUGAUAAGGAUUCAGCUAUACCUAAGGAGCAUUAG